UUGACUGCCGUUGGUACACUAAGGUCGAACAAGACAUGCAUUCCACUCCAGUUCAAGGCUCGACGUGAAGAAAAAUCAUCUGUUUUUGGAUUUCAAAAAGACAUUACUAUUGUAUCCUACAUACCAAAGCCGCGAAAAUGUGUACAUAUGAUGUCCUCAUUACAUCAUGAUGAUGAGGUGGAUCCAGAAAGCGGAGACCAAAGAAAACCGUCUAUCAUCACAUUUUACAACUCGACAAAAAGUGGAGUUGAUGUAGUUGAUAAACUUGCGAGAACAUACGAUGUCUCCCGCAACUGUAAGCGCUGGCCUCUUACCGUAUUUUUUUCCAUGUUGAACCAUGCUGGUAUAAAUGGUUUUAUUGUGUAUAUGCUGAAUAAUGGCAUUGAAAGGAACAAAACCAAUCUAAGGAAGAACUUUAUCAAGCGAUUGGGACUUUCUUUAAUCGAAGAGCACCUCAGGAAAAGAAAGGAUAAUCCACAUAUACCACGAGAAAUAAGAAGACGUGUGUGUGAAAUGCUGAAUGAAGAAGCUCCAGCACCACCACAAAAGCAACCAAGAAGGUCUCAGCGAUGUUCUUUCUGUCCAAGAAACAAAGAUAGGAAGACUCUGAACGGAUGUUUCAAAUGUAAUGUCGCGAUAUGCAAGGAACAUGCGAAUUUGAUGUGUCAAAAUUGUACUGAUUUACAUGACGAAUGA